UUCACAGUGUGACACCACCGGAAGUAAACAACACAAGCGCUGCUGGUAGCGUUAGCCGCACGCAGUGGUGAGCUAGCAGGAGGACGAUAUUGUCGUCGCAGUGAAGACAGUUAUUUCAAAACAAAUAACGCAACAAUGGCUUCAGUUGAGUAUUUGAGAGAGUUUGUCAACGAGAGACUAACUGCUGCUGCUGAAGAAAUAUUCGGAGUUUUUAAAACAACUAUCGUCGAGUACGAGGAGGAGCUCAAUCGUCAGCGCAGACUGCUGGAAAACGUCUGGAAACCUAAAACGAAGUUAAACAAUACAGUCCCUCCAGAGCCCACACAGCAACGUGCCUGUAUGGUGGAGGAGGCUCUCGCUGACCAGCAGCGUUGUAUUCAGGAGACGAUCACCAGUCUGGACGAAGAGGACCCAGAGCCUCCACAGAUUAAAGAGGAACAGGAGGAGCUCUGCACCAGUCAGGAGGGAGAGCAGCUUGAGCUGAAGGAGGAGACUGAUGCCUUCAUGUUGACUUCUUCUCAUGAGGAAAGUGACCACAGUGAUGAUCUGACUCCAUACAUGAGUAUCGAUGAAGAAAAGCCUCAUAGCUACACAUCAGUUACAAGCUCUAUGGUGUCAGAACCAAACAUUUCCCACCAUCCCCUCUCUCAUAACCCCUAUAUGCCUGAGAGCCAGUAUCAGACAGGAAGCAAGCAUGGAGACUCGGGAUUUAGUAGAGAUACAGAGUCAGAAUCACAGAGGAGACAUCACACUAGCGGAAGUCACAGUGACAGUGCAGACAACCCGAAUUUGUUUGGUAUCCAACACUACAAUAAUACGCAGACAGGUAAACGCUCCUACAUAUGUGACACAUGUGGGAAAGACUUUAAGUUCCAGUCAGUGUUGCAGAGACACGUGAGCGUCCACACAGGCGAGAAGCCGUAUUCUUGCAAAAUGUGCGGCAAAGCUUACAGACAGAGCGGCGAGCUGACAGUCCACAUGAGAACUCACACGGGCGAGAGGCCAUAUAUGUGCAAAGCAUGUGGGAAAGAUUUCGGACGCAACAGCAGCUUGUGGGCCCACAUGAGAAGAACCCACAUCGGUGAGAUGCCGUACCUUUGCAAGAUCUGCGGGAAACGAUUCUUUGGAGUGUUUGAAUUAGAGAGGCAUUUGAGAUUGCAUACAGACAAGUAGUUUUAAUGUGACGAGCCACAUGAAUGAACUUUGUGGAAGAAGUUUUUCACAGAUCAAUCCAUAAACGGGACAAACCAUCAAGCCGAGACUCCUCUGGAGUGAACACUCACCCACUGACAUGAACACUUUUCUAAUAUCAUGUGCUUGUAAUAGUGUGCUACGCAUUUCCUAUAAAGAAGAGGUCACAAUAUCUUACUGUCAUGAAUUAUUACAUCAUCAACAAUUCCAGCAAGUUUUAAAAUUAACUUUUAUUCCCCCGUCAUAUAUUUUUGGUAACAACAGUAAUUUUUUUUAACAGCCAUAAUCUUUUAACUCUUUGAAACGUCCUUGUUGUACAAUGAGUACAUCUUACAUACAAAUGUUUCACCUGUUACAUUUAUAUUAUUUUAAAUCUAUUAAACCUUGCUUACGGUAUUAGA